GUUGAUAUGACGUUAAAUUCAGUAUUUUCGCUCCCCGGUCAGCUUUACAAUGAAGAACUGUUAGCAUUCUCAGGCCAAUUGAUAUUCUUCAUAAUAAUAAAACUAGAUCCCCAGACAAAACAUUCAAAGGGGUAUCUGAUAUUUUUUUUCCAUUUAACGUUAACGUUACCCGCAAAAGAGUCUUUAAUCAGCCCGCAAACAAAACGACAGAAAACUAACGUUUAACAUGUCUCAAGAAGGAUAUCGGUCACCAGCAUUGAAAGCAGAAACGAGCUUGAAUACACAUGAAUCGCAGAGGACCAACCCCGGGAAGACACCUAUACAAAUCCUACAUGAAUAUGGCACCAAAAGUGGCAACCUCCCUGUGUAUGUGAUGGAGAAGGCUGAAGGAGAGGCUCACCAACCCAGCUUCGUCUUCAGCGUGAAAAUCGGAGAUGUUAGCUGCGCAGGGAUAGAACAGUGCAGAUCCAGCGAAGAGGAUGAGAAGUUGAAGUUGCAAAGCUGUCAGUGUCGAGGUCAAGGUCCUAGUAAAAAGGCAGCUAAACACCAGGCUGCAGACGCUGCCCUGAAUAUUCUGCAGAUAGAUGCUGGGGCAGUGAACGUUCCUGUGAAAUCUGAGAGUAACGGUGUUGUAGCAGAAACAAACAACCAUCCCAACUCAGUGGGGAUACUGCAGGAGUUAGCAUUACAGAGAGGAUGGCGUCUUCCUGAAUACACAGUUUUAAUGGAGGCUGGUCCACCACACAAGAGAGAAUUCACUGUUACUUGUCGAAUGGAGUCGCUGUCAGAGAAGGGUGUAGGAAAUUCAAAAAAGGCAGCGAAAAUGGCAGCUGCAGAGAAAAUGGUGUCAAAGCUUCAAAGUCUGUCAGGCUGUUCUGAAAUCACAUGGACUCCAAAACCAAGCGUCCGGUUUGAGAACUUAAGGAACUCAUCAGCAGAGAGUAUAUGUUUACUGAGAAGAAACCCGCUGAGCAUUCCCAACACAGAUUAUAUUCAGAUGAUGUUGGAGCUGUCCAAGGAGCAGGGCUUUGAGGUCACAUACUUCGACAUUGAUGAGCUGACGGUGAACGGCCAGUACCAGUGCCUGGCGGAGCUGUCCACCUCCCCGGUCACCGUUUGCCACGGCACCGGCAUCUCCUGUAGCAACGCUCACAACGACGCAGCACACAGCGCCCUCCAGUACAUCAAGAUCAUGGCCUCCACCAAGUAAAACCACCGUAGUCAUCUGCUUCACCUGUCUUGUCACAUAUUUCAGCUGACGUCCAGUCAUGAUGAGGCUGUAGAUUGUUCUUCCCACUAGUCUACCUGUCUGUGGACGAAAUGAGGUCAAGGUAUAUAUUUAUAACUAUGUGGAUCAUGGUCUUUGUGAUACACAUAUUUAUAAAUAUAUACUGUACCUUGACCUCAUAUCCUCCACAGACAGGAAGAACUCAACAUAAAGUAACUUGAAUCAGGCAAUUUAAGAGCGGUAUUUGUGAAGAGACACCAUCAUGUUUUACUUGAGAUGUCCAACAUACUGUAUUGACACAAAUGUACAUGUGUAAAUUAAGUACGUAUAGUGAAAAAUAUGAAGCACAUUAUUUGUGUUGCUUUAGUGGGAUUGUAUUGCCUGUUUGUAGUCAGAUCUUUUUAGGUUCCAUUGGUCUUUUAUUUAUUGUUUUUUUUAUUCCAGAGUUUUUUUUCCCUGUAGCAAUGCGCUGUAUUGAGCCAAUAGAAUAUCUUAAACUUUUAAUUUGCUUCAGAGAUACCUGCUUUUCUGUUAAACUCUAAAAUGAAAGUGAAUUGAAAAAGGGAGAUUAUUUGACUUAGGUUAUAUUUGAAAGGAUGGUCUGCAUUUUGACCUACAAAAUUAAAUUAUUUUCUUUCCUACUUCCACUCUUCCGUCUGUCAGUAUGCAAUCUACAGUACAACCCCUGCUGUUUGUAUCUGGUUGACUCUCAAAAUAGAUAUAACAUGUUAUUUCAUAUUCCCAUCCUGCUGGUCUGUUGCCAUUUCUUUUGAAGUGUUCCUCAUAGUACCUUGUGAUAUAUAUUUAAUAUACAUUUACUGAAUGAUGUCCUCUGCAGCAACAUGUGUAUGAAUCCAGAAAAUAAACCCAAACACUAAAUGUUAA